CUUCUGCCCACUUGUAAGUGCAACUGGUAUGGGUAAUGGUGUGAGAGAAGGUCGAGUGGAUUUCCAGCGGCAGGAUGUGGAGCCGGUUCCAUCAACCUUACCAGAGGAAACCCGGGAGAAAAAGAAAGUGCUCAACUCCCUGAUGUCUGGUGCAUUGGCUGGUGCUGUUGCUAAAACUGCAGUAGCUCCACUGGACAGGACAAAAAUCAUGUUUCAAGUGUCUUCAAAAAGAUUUUCUGCCAAGGAAGCCUACAGGCUGAUUUAUCGCACCUACCUCAAUGAAGGCCUCUGGAGUCUCUGGAGGGGGAACUCAGCCACCAUGGUCCGUGUGAUCCCUUAUGCUGCCAUUCAGUUCUGUGCACACGAAGAGUACAAGCAGCUCCUGGGGAGUUACUACGGCUUCCAGGGAAAAGCGCUGACACCCUUCCCUCGAUUCAUUGCUGGCUCUCUGGCAGGCACAACGGCUGCCAUGUUAACCUACCCUUUGGAUAUGGUCCGUGCUCGAAUGGCUGUCACGCCGAAGGAGAUGUACAGCAAUAUUGUUCAUGUCUUCAUCCGAAUAUCCCGAGAGGAAGGAUUGAAGACAUUGUACAGGGGAUUUACACCAACCAUCAUUGGAGUGAUUCCAUAUGCUGGGCUUAGCUUCUUCACCUAUGAGACACUGAAGAAACUACAUGCAGAUCACAGUGGGAAGUUGCAGCCAUCGCCCCCGGAGCGCCUCUUGUUUGGUGCCUGUGCAGGUUUGAUUGGCCAGUCAGCAUCUUACCCCCUGGACGUGGUUCGCCGGCGGAUGCAGACGGCGGGGGUCAUGGGACACACGUACAGUUCCAUCCUUCUCACCAUGCAGGAGAUUAUAAGAGAAGAGGGACUAAUCCGUGGCUUGUACAAAGGACUCAGCAUGAACUGGGUCAAAGGUCCAAUUGCAGUGGGAAUAAGCUUCACAACCUUUGACCUGAUGCAGAUCCUUCUCCGUAAAUUACAGCAUGGCUCUAAUGUUGAAAGGUAGUAGCUUAAUCCCCACAGCCCUUGCUGGGGAAAAGUACAGCACGUGUAGAAAGAGCAAUGCUAGCCUUCCCUCACCUCACACCUGCUCUCCUGCAGCUGAGAACUCACCUUUACUUGUUUGUUAUUUUCUGUUGUUGGAUUUUCUUCUUUUUAAUGAGCCUCUGAGUUACUUGGAAACCUCAACCUGAAACUAAUGCUUUCCUAAGCAAACUUCUUCCUAGAAUUCUGCAGCACCGAGUCCUCUGCAGUAGCUGCCUCACCCUUCUGGUUCACUCUGUGAUACCAGGAGUGGAGCCUCUCAAACAAAACCGUGCUGCUGCUGGCUCCUCACCUGGGUCUCUGUGGGCAGAUGAAGCGGUGCAUGAUGAAAGAGAGGACUCGGUGCUGGUGGAAUGAAGCCCUGAAUCUGGGAAGUGACUGCUCUUCCCAGUAGGCAGUUCUUAGUUAUUGAACAUGUGCUAGCUGGUGGCAGUCUGCCAAGUGCAAUAUUCCAGCUCGUUUGUAGGGAAUUCCAGAUUCCUCUGACCUGUAAACAUGAGUCUCCAUAAAACAGGACAGAGCAGGAUUUAACAGGUCCAGGUCACGUCCAGAACAUAAGAAGUUCAGUGUGGGCUCUGGCUGGAAACACUAUCCUUUUUCAAACGUUCUCAUUUCUGAGUUGCAUAAAAUAUCCCUUGCUCCAGCAUCCCUCUGAGAUUACCAAAGACAGAGGCCAGCAGGAGAGGGAAAUUCUGAGCAGUUCUGGAAAUCAAAUCCUCAUGUUUGUCAGUGUUGAGGAGGGGCUGUGCCUGGGUUCACAGACUGGAUUGAAUUGACCUGCAGUAGUGCUUUCAGGCUCCCCAAGCCUUUCUGUUGUGGUUAUGGUCUUAAAGGCAGCGUUUUCUGAGGGAUUUGGCAAACUGUAAUGUUGAUGCACUAGAAAAGGAAGUGUUACAGACUUGAAAUUUCAGCAGUUUUAUCCUGCAGUAUUAUUGCUGCUGCUUUAUGCAAGAACAAACGUCAGGGAGAUGCAGAUCCAGCGAUCCUGAGAGGCUCUUCACGUCCGGUGAACGUGGCCUGGCAGUUGGCUCUAGCUGCUGGUCCUGCUUUGGAACAACUUUGUUGUCUUAUGGUGCCUGCUGUGUAGGUUGUGUCCCCUCUGUUCAUUAGUCCAUGCCUAAGCCCACUUGUUUUUAUUCCUAGGGUUCUUCUAGACCAGCUGGGUCCUUGAGAGAAUGGGAGUACCCAAACCAGUAUUGACCCUUCAGAAAUGAUAACCUAGUGCCAAUCAUUUCCAGCUGCAAUCUGAAAAUGAAUGGUAAAGAACCUUCCAGUGUUUCUAUUUGAGAUCAGUUUUCAGGGAAAUGGAGAUUUUUGGGGGUGGUUUUGGUUUAUGUUCCAUUCCUAGGUGAAAUAUGGAGUGUAACAAAGGUCACAGCAAACUUCAGACUUCUCUGAGAAUCAGAUGACAUAAGCUAAGAUUAAAAAUCCCUUUCCAGCUGACACAGCCCACAAUGUAUUAAAGAAAACUAAGGUGUCAUUUAAAAGCUGUCCUUUUCUGGUGUAUUUUAGCUGUUGUAGUUUGAGCCUUGUGUCUUUAUUAAUGGGACUGGAGGUAAUUGCACAAUUGGUAGAAGUAGCUUUCUCCUUCCUUUUGCAUUUGCACUUGUUCUUUGGAGCAUAACUUGCUUCUAAUGCCAAAUAUUUCCCCAGGAAUCGAGCACCUACACUUCCAGUUUGUGGACGUGGCAGAAAACCAGUGUACUGAGGUAUUAGCAUGUGUGGUGUUCCCAGAACACGUGGGAUCAAUCAUGCUUUAAUGCUCACGGAUAAGCAGGGUAUUAACCUCAGUGAUUUCUGCCUCCAAGCCCACAAAUGAUGACUGCUGUUGUGAAACUGCAGUCACUGAUUUACCUUGUGAUUAAUGUCAGGUGUUGCUGUUUUCAGAGUCUUUAGAGCCGAUGGCCAUGAAGUCUGAACAGUUUUUGCUCCCAUUGCUAGGGGAAGAUGAUCAGCUGUUCUCUUUGGGUGAAGUUUUGUUUAGUCCUAUGCAAGAGCUCUGAUUUCUUUUCUCCAAUGGAGAAGCCAAUUACUUCUGCUCUUGUGUUUAUCUUGUCUGGCCCAGUGAGGAAAUCCUGAGGCAGUUGUAUCCUACCACAGAAGGGAGGUACAGACCAGCACCCGGGUGUGCCAGCGGUUGACUCUGCGUGUGUAUGUGGCUGACUGUGUGCACAAUCUGUGCCAAGCUCUCUCUCAGCUUGGAGGCUGCUGGUUCAAAGCACAGUCCUUCCUGCCCAGCUGAUGGGUACUGUAUGAAGACAAGAGGAAGGUGAACUGUGGCAUCCAAGCUGGAGUGAGCUCCUUUGCUCCACAGUAUGGUAGGUCAUCUCAGAGGCAAGUGCAGCAGUGCUUGUUGUAGGAGAUGAUGAGCAUCGCUGAACCUCUGUGGCAACAGAGGUGGCUUAAUUCCUCCUGGGUCCUGGCAGAGCAAGGAUUUACACUGGAUGACUUGCCUCUUGUUUGGGACUGAACGGGAGGGCAGAUCUGCACGAGGUACCUUCUGCUGUGUCAGGAGUACAUGAACAGGGGCCUGUGGAGGAGGCAGCUUCUGCUGAGCCCAGCAUCGCCCACCAUGGUGCAGGCAGCUCAUCGAGAGCAUGGGGACUCUCAGCUGAGAAACAAGACCUGAAGCACAGCCAGGCUUGAAGCGUUGGGCUCAGUUGUUCCUGAAUGAACCCCUGGUUUCAAUUCAGUGGAGUCGUAGCCGAACACGUUUGCCCAAGUUCUGCAGGCUGAGGGGUGGUUCAGAGGCACAUCUCUGAAUUCAGUCUGUGCUGGGUUUGGUGCUUUUGUUUCUUGGGGGAGGAGUGUUCAGAGUAACUGUGUGUUAUUGCAUUGGGUUCUUUCAAAUAGCAUUGGGUUUGGUUUUACUUUUAUGUUCCCUCUCUGAUUUGAAUGUAGGAAAGGAGAAACAGUGUUCCCUUCCCCUCUCCUAAUCCCUGCAUGAAUUGAGACGUGUUCCAGAUCUCUCCGGGGCCUCAAUGAGGGCCCGAGGAGUUUUGGGCAUGCUGAUUUGGAAAGGAGGUGGGAGGGGAGGGUGGGUGCUGGCCAGGAAGAUCCGUUGCCUUUAGCUCCGAGAGAGGUCUAACAGGAAUAUUCUCUAGUUGUUCUCUUUAGAACUUCUUUAUUACCACAAAUUCUCUAAUGUUUCAUUUUAUUCUUCUCGAAUACCUUGCUUUUAUUUCCAAGUCAUGUUUCUCUUUGUUCCUUAAUGUGUUAGUGCCAAACAUUAACUUGUGCAUUUAUUGUUCCCCCUCUGCUCUCCUUCUCUCCCUGCUUCUGCACCUUUAGUCCCGCACGAGCACUUGG